UUUUGUACAAAGACAAUGUGUGUGUACUAGCAGCGAAACCUUUUGCAGCUGAUCCAUACUGUCUGCAAAGCAACCAUUCACAGAACAUACCAACACUGCAUAAUUUCCUCACAAUUCAGGAUAAAAACCAUUAUUUUAUAAUGUCUGCAUACCCCUUUCCAUCUUCCGUCUCCUUCUUGUAUGUAAUCUUCUUGUGUUCCUCUCAUGUAUUUUGCUCUGCUAGAGAUAUUUUGAAGCAUGGCGAGUGGAUCACUGACAACGAUUCAACUCUUGUCUCCCCUGGAGGAAAGUUCGAACUUGGAUUCUUUACCCCUAUGGAAAGCUCUAACUCGGAAAGGUUCGUCGGGAUAAGGUAUCACAAAUGGGAUAAAGCAGUUGUAUGGGUUGCCAAUCGAAACCAACCAAUACCUAAAGGUUCCACUGGAAAGUUUGGAAUUGCAGAAGAUGGAAACCUCAUGGUAUUGGAUACUUCGAGUUAUGGAAGGGAAAGUUAUUGGUCUACAGGUCUUGCAAAAUCAUCGUCCGCAAAUCGGACUGUGAAGCUCUUGGAUUCUGGAAACCUGGUCUUAAGCGAGGAUGAUCAGUCAGCAAUGAGUCUGUGGGAGAGCUUUAAAAAUCCAACUGAUACAUUUCUUCCAGGCAUGAAGAUGGAUGAAAACAUUGAAUUGGUUUCAUGGACAGACCCUGGUGACCCUAGGAAAGGAAAUUUCACGUUUAAGCUAGAUGAAUCAGGAGAGGGCAUCUACACUAUCACAAAUAUACUGGGUUACUGGAAAAGUCGGACCCCAGGUAAGUUCUUGAGCUCAGAUAAAAUGCCUGAUCCUAUAGCCAACUUUUUGUCAAACUUUAGCAGGAAUGCGACUUAUGAAUUUCCCAAAAACCAAGCAAAAAUAGUACCGUCUCAGAAUUAUAGUAACGCAAGGCUGGUGAUGGAUUACAGCGGGGAGUUGAAAUAUCAAAUCUGGGAUACCACGAAGGGUGAUUCUACAGAAUGGAUGGCGCCAGAAGACCAAUGUAGCAUUUACAACGCUUGUGGGAAAUCUGGUAGCUGCAAUAAAGGCAAUUGGUUCAAGUGCAAAUGUUUGCCGGGGUCGAAACCAACUGAUACUGACAACUGGUUUUCUCAACAAUUUGUUGAUGGGUGCAUCAGAAAUUCGAGGUGUGACAAUAACGGGUCGGCUUUCUUGAGCUUAAAUGUGACACAAGUUCGCAAUCCGGAUAAUAAUUUCCCUGUAAAUGAUGUAAAAGAAUGCAAAAUAAAGUGCGUUGAGAAUUGCCAGUGUCAGGCUUAUUCAUAUGUGGCUGUAAACAGCACAGUAAGACGUGAUACUUCUACUAGUACCAGUUUGUGCUGGAUUUGGAUCGAUGAUCUAAAUGAUCUUCAAGAGGGGUAUGAAAACAGUCAAAAAAUCUUCGUCCGCGUUCCAAAAUCUGAUAGAGAAUCAACUGUAAGGAACUGUGAGCCUUGCGGCAUAAACGUGAUCCCCUAUCCACUGAGUACAGGACCAAAUUGUGGUGAUCCCAUGUACUUUAGCUUUGAAUGCAACAAUUCCACGGGCCAGCUAAGCUUCAAAUCACCUACUGGCACCUAUCAAGUCGAUGGUAUCUAUCCCAGUGAACAAAAAUUUAUCAUCGAAGUCAAACGUGCAGAUAAUAGUGAUGCUAGAAAUUUAGAAAGAGUUCUGUCGCUCAAUCAGUCCUUGCCUUUUGUAAACAUCUCGUUCCUUAAAGAUUCGGGCAAAAUUACUUCUACUAUUAGAGGUGUAGAGAUUAGUUGGAAGCCACCCCCGGAGCCAAUGUGCAAUUCACCCGCUGACUGUAAGGAUUGGCCUAAUUCAACUUGCAAUGCAGCAACAGAUGGAAAUAUGAGGUGCCAUUGUCUCCCAAACUUCGUAUGGGAUGCCUCAAAUUUGAAUUGCACUCAUCAAGGUGAUACUCCGUCAGAAGUAGUUGGUAAUCCUGGGUCAGUAGAUGAGGCUUUAUCAAGGAAGAUUUCAUUGUCUUUGAUUGUUGCGGUAUCUCUUAUAAGUGUGAUUGCUUUCUCAAGUACCAUUAUAUUUGUAUAUUUGUGGAGACGAAGGAUGGCCAAGAGGAAAGAAAACAGAAACAGAGUACUUCGCACAAUGAACAGUGAACAUGUUAAAGACUUGAUAGACUCAGGUGAUUUUAGAGAAGAAGGUGAGACAGACAUAGAUCUACCCUUUUUUGAUUUCGAAAGCAUAUUAGUUGCUACAGAUAGUUUCUCAAAUGCAAACAAGCUUGGACAGGGGGGCUAUGGGCCUGUUUAUAAGGGUACAUUUCCAGGAGGCCAAGAAAUAGCAGUAAAGAGGCUCUCAAGUGCCUCAGGACAAGGCUUACAGGAAUUUAAAAAUGAGGUGGUGUUGAUUGCGAAACUACAACAUAGGAAUCUUGUUAGACUACGGGGAUAUUGCAUAAAAGGGGAUGAAAAGAUUUUACUCUAUGAGUAUAUGCCAAAUAAAAGCUUAGACUCUUUUCUAUUUGAUCCAAAGCAGAGCAUGCUUUUGGAUUGGGAGAUGCGCUUCAACAUCAUCUUGGGAAUAGCUCGAGGGCUUCUUUAUCUUCACCAAGACUCUAGAUUAAGGAUCAUCCAUAGAGAUAUGAAAACUAGCAACAUUCUUCUAGAUCAAGAGAUGAACCCCAAAAUAUCUGACUUUGGCUUGGCAAAGAUUGUUAGAGGCAAAGAAACUGAAUCAAACACCGCUAGAGUAAUCGGAACUUAUGGGUAUAUGGCCCCGGAGUACGCAUUGGAUGGAGUUUUCUCAACAAAAUCCGAUGUAUUUAGUUUCGGAGUAGUUUUGCUUGAGAUUAUUAGUGGAAAAAAGAACACUGGAUUUUACCGAUCAGAGCAAGCCAUGAGCCUUAUAGGUUAUGCAUGGAUAUUGUGGACAGAAACCAAGGUGUUGGAUUUAAUGGACCAAACUCUACAUGAAUCUUGCAAUGCAGACCUAUUUACGAAGUGCGUAAAUGUUGGACUCCUAUGCAUACAAGAAGACCCAAGUGAUCGUCCCACCAUGUCAAAUGUUGUUACCAUGCUUGAUGGUGAAACCGUAACAGUUCCAACUCCUAAACAACCAGCUUUUGUUCUAAGGAGAGGCGAAUCUAGCACUUCUUCUAGUAGACCGGAAACAUAUACAGAAAUAACUACUAGUUUAGAAGAAGCAGUAUAAUGCAUUAUUGUAUUUCUGUGCAAGCUUGCUCUUUAUCGCACUUGUAAAGUUUCUCAUGCACAAAAGAUUGAUUUCUAGUUGUAUUAUUGUAAUUGUAACCUUCUUUUUCCUUUGGUAACUAUUUUUUCUU